AUGUCCAUCGCCAAGACAGUCCUUCACAAGUUUGUUGGCUACCUGGAGGCGCAGGCCUCGGAGCUGAACUGGAAACCUCGGUGCUCCGCGACAAUCGCGUGGGAGCAGACCCAGGGUAUCUCUGCCAAGAACAAGACAUCCAAGUACACAGGCCCCCGAGCGAUAAUUGUUGCGCAGAGCCAGGCUCUGGACCGGACUGCGACUGGAGGAUAG